CCCGGUGGUCAUUAUUAAGUAAACCAUCGGCGGGGUGGCGCGGUACGGUUGUCGUAGCGGGCACAACACCGCAGCACGCGGCGGGCCCGCGCACCGCUCGCGGCUCGCCGCCGCACGCCAUGGCUGACAUGCCGGACCUUUCGCACCUCACGCCCGAGGAGCGCGCCAUCAUCGAGGGAGUCAUAAUGCGCCAAAAGCAGGAGGAGCAGCGCGAACACGAAAUUAUGAGACGUAAACAAGACGAAGUCGCAGUGCUAGAGCAAACAAUUCGUACAAGAAACGAACUUCAAAGAGCAGCGGGUGUGGAACUUGCUGCCACCUGCCAUAUUUGUUUGAAGACAAAAUUCGCGGACGGCGUUGGACAUUCUUGCCACUAUUGCCGAGUGAGAUGCUGCGCUCGCUGUGGUGGCAAAGUCACUUUACGAUCUAAUAAGGUUAUUUGGGUUUGUAUCCUUUGCCGAAAAAAACAAGAACUAUUAUCAAAAACUGGACAAUGGAUACACAAAAGCACAGGCCCAGAUUCUAUGUUAUGGAGGAUGGAGUCUGAGUUGCGAGGCCUGCUGCCCCAAGACGAUGCUUCGCAUGAUAAAAGACCCAAACUCGAGCGAGCGCAUAGUGCAGCCGAAAAAGAAAACCAGCCACUUCAGAGAUCAGGAAGUGCCCUACGACGUCAGUAUAGUCAACAAGAACAAAGGUGCUACGGAGAACUGGAGGGAUUGGCGAGAACGCACCCUCACCUGGUACAUUCAAGACAAAAAGCCGCCUAUGGUGUAGUUGACACUAUGAUCUCGGCGCCUCUACCCGCGCAACUGUUACCACACGGCCCUGCUGGUCACAGCAUGCCCUUACCGCCUCGUUCCUCCUCAUCGGACGACGAAGUACCGGAGUGUAUCUCCGAUGAAAACGACGAGUAUCGUGAUCGUGGGAAACUAGAAGCGUGUGCUUCUCACCGGCACCCGCAUCUGCGAAGUGCCAACGUAGCUGCCAUCAAUUAUUACAAUUUGACUAAUCACUCGUCAGCUGGCUAUGAGAACGAGAGCCGCGGGCAGUUCGAACACAGAACUGUGCCAGCCGGUGGACGCAGUUUCGAUUCCGUGACCGAUUGUCGAUGGCGGGCACGUGACGAAAGCGAAGGUGCAUAUUUACGUCCGUAUAUACCAGACGAGGGCCCGCGCCCCGAACGCGCCGUAUAUAAGAGUGCGUACUUGUGGGAAGACUCCUCGGACAAUAGACGUUUUACUGAAAGGAGAAAAAAAACUGUCCGUUUCGAUGGUCACGAAGGCGCAGCGACAUUUCCGAGGGGAGGCCGUGAUGCGUCGGGCGCUCCAAGCGAUUGGGCCUCCCUUCGCUGGGAGUCAGAGCGGCAGACAAGCCAAGAUUCUGCAACAAAAGAUUCAGGCAUCGAUACCUCUAGCACAUUCACAUCCAGUGAAGAUUCAAACAGAGGCGAUUGCCCUAAGUUUCCGCCGAGUUGGCAAGCGUCAACGGAUGGUUCGCGCGUGAUCGGUCACAUGGUGCUACGCAAAAGCGUUGUGGAGGGUAGUUCGCACUCUUCUGCAGCAAUCCUGGGCUUAAAGGUCGUAGGUGGAAAAUUGCUACCCGAUGGCAUACGUGGUGCUAUAAUAGAAAAAGUUAAGAAAGGAUCAAUAGCCGAUUUGGAAGGGCAGCUAAGAAUCGGAGACGAAGUUUUACAAUGGAAUGGUGUGCCUCUUCAAGGUCGAUCGGCCGAAGAGGUCGCAGCAGUUGUUGCUGACAGCAAGCACGACACUCAUGUCGAAUUAGUGGUAUCACGUUCUCUUCCGGUCACUCGACCUGGAGCUCAGCCAUGGAGAAGCCAUAAAGAAGUCUACACGGAGACAAUGAUGGUGGGCGGCUGCGAGAAGCCUAGCGUGCUUGUGACGUCUCCGGGAUCUCCAGACGUACACUCGCGGCGUCGAUCCAAUCGUCACAGUCAUCACAACGCAAAUGUAGCUGGACGCAUACAGCUGAAAAUAUAUUUUGACAUAAGUGCCCUACAACUCUUGGUAACCGUGGUAUCGGCAAGUGGCUUGACUCCGCGUGCAGACGGCUCGCCUAGAUGUCCUUACGCAAAAAUAUUUUUGCUUCCCGACAAGAGUGAAAAAAGCAAACGAAGAACUAAAACGCUAGCCAAUACAUUAGAGCCGAGAUGGAACCAAACAUUCGUUUAUUGUGGCAUACGUAUUACUGACAUCAAAAAAAGAACACUGGAGGUGACAGUGUGGGAUUUGAAUCGUUAUGGACCGAAUGACUUUCUUGGUGAAGUUUUACUUGAUCUUGACAACAUAAUGAUGAAUCAUGAGCCGAACUGGUACACCUUAAAGCCGCAUGAAGAUUCCAGUAGCUUUUACAGAUACCGAGAGGAAGAGGCAGACGGUGAUCAUUUAUCUCCACCAUCGACAUCGACCUCACGAUUAUCAGAUUCGGACACGCCAAGUGAAUGUGACCUACGACGUCAUCAUUCUCUUUCGAGCCUCGCGUCUAGCUCUAGUCCGCCACCUCCUCAUGAUAGGAUGGAUAUGGAAGGUAUAAGAAGCAGCCGACGCGAUAUGUCCCCCGCAAGUCGAGUAAGAACUACUGGAAUGUCUAGAGAUCGGAGCUGCGGGUACAGCGUAGCGCGGUCGCAGUCUGCAGCGGGAGUGGCGCGGCCCCAACGCGCCCGCAGCAAGUCUCCGCGCCGCUCGCUAUCGCCGCCCGCCGACCGCGACGUCUGGCGCUACGCAGUUAAUGACGACAGAGGAGGCGACGGCUCGCGGUUGCCGACACACGCGUAUGCUCCUCGAUUCCAAUCACGGUCGGCGACCGCCACACCCACCACGAGUCCCAAGAAACGCCAGUUGCCUCAGAUACCGCACCAGAGUCAGAGUACCCAACGGGCUGUACGAGCGCAGGUGUCCGCGGACCUAGAAGAACGUAAGUGGAUCGCCCCGCACCACAUUGGCGCCACACUCACGUACCGCAGCACGCCACAAGGAUGGGAGCGACAUUAUGCGGGUUUAUCUGAUUCGGAGCUUGCUGCCCGCAGUGGCGGUAGUUGGGCUCCACGGAGAAGGCUAUCUCCUGAUGCAACAGCAGCAGAUUCCGACCUAGAAUCGGUCGCUUCUGUAACAUCAAGCGCCUUCAGCACACAAUCCGAACGACCUCGACCGACACGUAUGCUUAGCAACGAUUAUGGUGGAAGGGACAACGGAAGGAACAAUAAUCAGCCACAGCCGUUGGAGAGACGCGAGUCUCGACGAGGCCAGUUCACUAGGAGUUUGAGCAACGCAGAUGUUCCGCCUGAUGAAAAAACAGAUGGCAGUCUAAGUGACACUGCGUUGGGUGGUACCGGCGAGCUGGAGCCAAGCACUGAUGAUGUCCUCUUAAAAGCUGAGCCUCGGGAUUAUUUCGGGCCGGGCAUGGGCAAGAAAAGCAACUCUACCUCACAAUUGUCAGCCACAGGACGAAAACGAAGGUUAGGUUUUGGUAAACGUGGCAAAAAUUCGUUUACGGUGCAACGCAGUGAGGAAGUGGUUCCCGGCGAAAUGAGAGGAGGCACCGGCGUGUCGCGGGCCUCCUCCGCAUCCAGUGAGAACGACGAAGACAGGUGGUCCCCGGGCAUGCGAGGUUCUGGUUCUUCAGAGGGCGGAGGGCUGUCGGACUUCAUUGACGGCCUAGGUCCCGGACAGCUGGUCGGAAGACAAUUACUAGGAGCGACUACGCUUGGAGAUGUCCAACUUUCAAUGUGCUACCAAAAAGGAUUCUUAGAGGUGGAAGUCAUACGUGCUCGCGGCUUACAAGCCAGGCAAGGAAGCCGAACCCUUCCAGCGCCAUACGUCAAGGUGUAUCUCGUGAGCGGAAAGCGAUGUAUAGCCAAAGCAAAGACAACAACCGCACGACGUACGCUCGACCCUCUCUACCAGCAAACGCUAACGUUUCGAGAAAACUUCAAAGGAUGUGUACUGCAGGUUACUGUUUGGGGUGACUACGGUCGCAUCGAGGGGAAAAAAGUCUUUAUGGGCGUGGCCCAAAUAAUGCUGGACGACAUAAACCUCUCUAAUAUCGUUAUUGGAUGGUACAAACUAUUUGGAACUACUUCUUUGGUAGUAACGAAAGCUGAAUUAUGUUCUUCAGCUGGAGCAUAAUUUUGGGGUAUUGCGGAGAAAUAACAUCUACAAAUUGUCCGAAAUAAAAUUUAGUGGUACUGCUUUAAUCAUAAUAAAAUGCAAAAUAUAUUUGAAUAUAGGAAAUUUUCUAUAAGCGAAAGGUAUUUAAAUUGAUUUGUAUUAUUUUUAAAAGCCUACCGAAGUUUUGAUUAGAUAGCAUUUUAUAGCAAUGAAACAAGUGUAUAGUGUACUCAAUAAUAUGUAAUUAAUAAUUAAAAGCCAAAUUACAUU